GCGCCAUUGAGUAUUUGCAGUCGCUGUGGUGACCGGUGAGGCGGCGAAGAAGAGCAACUUCGCUGAGCAGGUUGUUGAGCUUUACAGGAGAUAGGGAAAAUGGGGAGCAACUGUCAGCCGCAUGUGGCCAACGCGGCGUCCAGCUAGUGACGUCACCGCCGACCGACAGCUGCCAUUUGUCGGCCACAUGUGUCCGCUGCAAUGACACCUUCCCGCGUCGCUGCUGCCGCCGCCGCCAUCGUUAUCUUCCUGCUGCUACGCUGCCCGCCGUGCAGGCCGGAGGAUGCGGCGGCCGGUGUCCCCGCCGAAUGGGUCCUGCUGCACGUGGUGCGGGGCCAGGUGGGCGCGGGCAACUACAGCUACCUGCGGCUCAACCACGACGGCGCCGUCAUCCUGCAUAUGCUGAGCGUGACGGGCGACGCCGACCUAUACGUGUCGGACUCCACGCCGAGGCCCAGCUUCGACGCCUACAAGCUGCAGUCGGUCACCUGCGGCCGCGACGCCGUGGUGGUACCUGCUGAAUUCGCCCGGCCGGUGGGGGUCGCCAUCUACGGGCACCCGUCGCACCGACGCAGCGACUUUGAGAUGAGGGUCUACCGCGAUCCCGCCGCCCCGUUGGACCCCUUCGCCACAGGCUCCACAGCUGAGGACUCCCACAAAACGGAGGCGGACGAUGUCGACGGCCCGGACUUUGACGAGGACUCCAUGUUCUGGACCAAUCUCAUCAGACUUUUGGAAAUCAUUCUGGAAAUCCUCUUUUAAAACCGGUUGCUCGUCUCGCCCAAGCGGGCCACCGACGGGCAGCGAUGGCCACACCACUCGGGAUGAAUGAUACAAAAUACACUCGUGAAAAACAAAAAUACACAACAAGUGGAAAGGGAACGGCACCUGUGAAAGCGUGGUCAGUCACAAUCAGGUUUUAGCACAGCCACCUUUUUAUUAGCACGAUUGGGUUAGCACUCAGCACGUUAGCGCCCUGGUGCCUUCACGUCCCCCUUGAACUCACUUGGGCCCUUUUGUUCAAUAAAGAAGGAAAAUGCUUACUAUGAUGAUUUACUUUACAAAGAUGAAGUGUUUACAAGAAGGCUUUCAUUAAAAAAAAUUUUUUUUUUAA